AUGCGCCAAACGCCAACAUCAAACCCGCGCUAUUCUGCUUUGCCAGAGAGCUCAAGUGAGACUGAGCUUCAGGAUAUUCCCUGGCGGAGCCCCCCCGAGUCUGGAGAAGAAGAAGAUAAUAAUUAUCAUGAUGAUGUACGAUCAGCCGGGGGGAACUCGCCGGAAGGAGAGAUCAUCGGUGCAGAGGGAACAGAUCUCACUGAGGACAAAUUCGCCCCCUUCCCAGACAUGCAUCACGAUCCGAAUCCAAUUCUCACAUUCCGCGCAUUACUCGUUGGAUGCCUCUGUGGAGCAUUGGUGAACGCCUCCAAUAUUUAUCUUGGGCUCAAAGCAGGCUGGACAACCUCGGCUAACAUUUUCGGAUCAAUUGUGGGUUUUGCUGUCCUCAAAUCAUGGACAAAGUAUACUUCCCAGCACAACUUUGGUCCCCAUGAGAACAACAUUGUCCAAACUGCUGCCACGGCAGCAGGGGGAUUGUCCAAUGUUUUCGUCUCUGCAAUUCCUGCGCUGUAUCAGUUGGGGCUGCUCUCUGUCCCAGUGAAGGAUUUCUUUCGAAUUACGACUUUGACUGCCAUUGGGGGCUACUUUGGCCUCUUGACCAUUGCGCCACUGCGGGACUUCUUCUUGGUCCAGGUAGCUCGAGAACUUAAUCUUAUCUUUCCGUCGUCCUCCGCUACUGCUAUCACUAUUCGCAGUAUGCACCAAGCCGCCAGCGGCGCAUAUAUGGCCCGGCGCAAACUUGCAGCGCUGCUUUACGCUUUUUUAUUCGCCGUGCUUUUGCGUGUUGCAUCCCAGUAUGCCAUUGGGAUUCUGUGGGACUGGCAUCCUUUUACUUGGCUAAUCAGCGGCGGAGUUCUUGUCGAGUGGGCCAUGUCUAUGGAAAGCUGGGGCUGGAUUGUUGAAUGGACGCCUGCAUUCAUCGGCUCUGGGAUGCUCGUGGGAGUCAACGUUGCUGUUUCUUUUACCGCCGGAUCGGUUUUGGCGUGGGGUAUCAUUGGCCCGUAUCUAGUAAGGCAUGGAUUGGCCUUUGGAGAGCCUGCGUCUACAGACUCGAAAUGGUCGACUCUGAUGUCCUAUUCGUCCCUUUCGAAGGACUUCGCAACGGCCUCUCACCCAAGCCCGCGAUAUUGGCUUUUGUGGCCAGGCGUGAUCACAAUGGCAGCAGUGGCUCUUGCCGAACUUGCUUGUCAAUGGCGUGUGUUUUGGAUUAUUGGUCGGGACUCCACUCGAGCAGUGUCAAACAUUCUGUCCCAACUGCGAAACGGCAACCAUCGGUAUACCCUGAUGACGGAAAAAGACGAAGGCGCCGCGGAUGAUUCAAAGGAUAGUGUCAAAGUAUGGAUGUGGCUUCCGGGUCUAAUUUUUGUUAUCGUUGUGGCCUGCCCAGUCCUGAAAUACCAGUUUGAGAUGAGAGUUUCGGAGUCACUGUUUGCUCUUUUCCUAGCUUUCAUACUGUCCCUCAUGGCUAUUCAAGCAACUGGGGCAACUGACACUACACCUCUUGGUAUCCUCUCCAAAGUGUCUCAGGUAACCUUGAGCAGCACAACGAGAGACCAAACCGUUCAAAAUUCCCAACGCCUGAACCUCUUAGGCGGUGCCCUGACUAAUAUUGGCGGGAGUCAAGCUUGUGACCUCAUGGGCGACUUCCGCGUCGGAUACCUCCUGGGCACGUCACCCCGACUACAGUACGCAGCACAGCUAAUAGGAACCCUCUUGGCCACCUUUUUCGCCCCAUCCAUUUUCCUCAUCUUCGCAACAGCCUACCCCUGCAUCCUCUCCACUGAAAACAACCCUCCAACCACUUCAAACAGUUCCACCACUCCCCCCACAAACGCCUGCGAAUUCUCCUCUCCCGCCGUCGCCGCCUGGCGCGCCGUGGCAGUAGCCGCCACAGAGCCCGUUUUACCCAUCCCGCGCACCUCUCUCACCUUCUCCAUCGUAAUGGCCAUCACCGGCGUUCUAAUGAUAAUCAUCCGGCACAGCGUGUGGGUAGGGAAAUGGGAGCGGAUGCGUGCGUACCAUCCCAACGUUAUGAUUUUAGCCAUGGCGUUUACGCUGCCGUCGCCACAGUAUGGGAUUGCCAUGCUUCUCGGCUCGCUGGUGGCGGUGGUGUGGCACUGGAAGGCGCCGUUGGGGUAUGAGGCGUUUGGAUAUGCGGUUGCGGCGGGGUUUAUGGCUGGUGAAGGCAUUGGAGGGACGAUUAAUGCGUUACUUUCUGUGUUGGGGGUUGGAGGGGAGAGGUUGGGGACGAGAGUUGGAUGUCCUGCUGGGAGGUGUUGA